AUGCCACCAGUUGGUCCCCGAGUCUCAAAGGAGGAAUUCAUCCAAGCCUUGGGCCUAAACCCUCACGACCCACAGCAUGAACAGUAUUACCGUGCCAUGCGAGACGAAGCAAUCAUGGUCUACAACCGCAUGAAUCAAGACACCUCCCACCUCCUCGACAGCGUCCGCAGCGAUCCAAACACUCGCCCACCAUUCUUCUGGCACCACAUCCUACCCGACCACCAGCGCUGGGCCAUCAUGGAAAUCUGGCGCAACGCCGGCCCUCUCACUCGUCCCCUGUUCGACCGUGGCUCUACUAAUAGCGAGUACGGACCGAACUGGGUGGCUGGGUGGUUACUUUACAGUGUGUUUCGGUCGCGUGAUGUGAGAAACAAUCGGAAUCGGAGGAAGGGGGAGACGAAUGGGGUUGUUGAUGCCGAUAAAAGACCCAGACAGGUUGAGGAUACGGCGCCGAAGAAAGGGUACUAUGACCCUGUGCGUAAUGGGACGCUAUAG